CGGGCUUCAGUUCCCGGCGGUCCUCGCGGCAGGUUCCGGGUGUAAGUGCAGUUCGUAAUGGCGGGGGCUGCUUCCGCCGCUGUGUCCGGGGCAGGGACGCCCGUGGCGGGGCCCGCAGGCCGCGACCUGUUCGCCGAGGGGCUCCUCGAGUUCCUGCGACCAGCUGUGCAGCAGCUUGACUCUCACGUCCACGCCGUCAGAGAGAGCCAAGUAGAGCUCCGGGAACAAAUUGACAACCUAGCUACCGAAUUGUGCCGUAUCAAUGAGGAUCAGAAAGUGGCCCUGGAUCUCGACCCCUAUGUGAAGAAGCUCCUUAAUGCCCGGCGACGAGUCGUCUUGGUCAAUAACAUCCUACAGAAUGCCCAGGAACGCCUGAGGCGGCUAAACCACAGUGUUGCCAAGGAAACAGCCCGAAGGAGGGCAAUGCUGGAUUCAGGAGUUUACCCCCCUGGUUCCCCAAGCAAGUAACAGGCCAGAAGAUGGGCCCAUGGCCACAGAAUAGCACAAAUACUAUCCCCUGGCUGCUCGUUCCCUCCAGGACUCCCUGUAGGUGUUGGGAUAUCAAAAAGGCAGCCCUGUGGUUUGUGUUUGAAGCACUUCAAAGUCUUACCCAUUUAUGUGGGGCCCAAAGAAACCUGUGUACACCAGGACUCAGGAUCCUGAAGGAUUUAUUAUGGCUCUUGCUUCCAAGAAUGAGCUGAGGCCUCUACAUUUUUUUUUUUAAGCUACCGUACUCAAGGCCCAUCUCCUCUACCAUCAUUAACAAGGGAGGGGCUUCCUCUGUUACACACAACGUUGCUGGACCUGGACAGAAUGUCCUCUACCUGUGACUUCCAAUUUUCCUUUGUUUACACUAAGGAUUUAGAGGAAAGGACAGGCAAAGUCAAGGUGAAUGACCCACCUACCCUCUUUUGUUGACUGCACUGGCUUGAUUACUGUAGCAGUGUUACUAGAACCAUUUAACUCAAUAAAUGCUUAAAUGGUA